ACGUUCUUUGCCUUGUAAAUUGAUACUAGACAAAUAUCUUGGCUUACUUCUCUAACUUUUCUUCUUUUUUAAGGAAAGGUGUUUCAAAAAUUGCUCUUCUUUGCAUUGAUUUAAAUUAGGAAGGAAGUUAUUAAUUUAGUACAUCUUUUUCUAAAGCAUGAAUUUAAAAAUUGACGAUAGUUUAAAGCUAGUCUAAAUAUAGUUAUAAUUUCUGUUUAAAUAGCCAUAUAAAAAUUUACUAAUAUAAUUAUAAACGAGUUUAAAAUAAAUCAUGCUUAUACUUAUAGGAUACGCUAGAAGAAAUUAUUUAAUCAGUAAAUUCUUUAUUUUGGUAGUAGGAUUUAAGUAUAAACUGUCUUAUAAAUAUCUUAAUGUCAUAUAAAAAAUAUAUAUACAGUUCUGAAUUGGAUUAGUAGUAGACGGGGAUGACAUCAUUCGGCUUUAAAAAAGAGUGAACACGUGCUUCUUGAUGUCAUGAUCAGCAGUACUAAAGCAGUUUUUUGAUAUUUGACAUUCUGCAACAUCAAAUUUGCAGUUUUAAUUUUUCUCUAUCUACAGAAGAAAAAACACAGAUUCAAGAGUUAAGAAUGGAAUAAAUAAAUAAAACUUUUAAAUAAUUAUAUUAUUCCACUGUAAAGUAAUAUAAUUAACAGAAUAAAUAAUAUUUAUAAAAUAAUAAAGCGUAAAUAAGUUUUAUUGAAAAUUCUAAAAUAAAAAUUGGUAGAGAUAAAUAAUUCAUGCGAAUUUGAAAGCGGAGAGAAUUAUUCAAUCUUGAAAGUAUUGACAAAAAGAAGAAGAAGAAGCUAGAAUAUAUAAAGCUACUAUCUAUAAUACUUCAAUACUUCUAACCAAAACAGAAGAGUAAGCUUCUGUCAAGUGAGUAACAACAAACAAGACAAACUGGCUGGAUAUAAUGUCGCAUUUGUAUUCACGAAACUUGUAUCUCAGUCUAUAAAACAUCGCAUACUUGAAAAGAAGAGUACAACAGACAAAAAUUCAUCAUUUGCAGACUUCCAUCAUCUCAAAUAUUUUUCCAAAUUCUGAAUUUUGGAGAAAAUGCAAGAUAAACCACUUGAGAUUCUUACUCUUCAUACACAUAUCUUGGAGAUAGAAUUGUCACUAAAUAGAAAUGAUUUUCUUAUAUAAAAGGAUGAUUAGAAAUACAUUAUGCUGCUGUGGAUAAUAACAUGGCAGUCAGCGAAGAACAGACAUCUGUAACAGGUCCUUCCUAUAUAUUGUUAGAACUAGAUAUACUGGAAGACAUUUAUUCUCCAAUUAAAUCAUCUUCAAGGAUAAAAUACACAUGUUUCGACAUCUCUCGUCGUUAUUUAGUUUUGGGUUCGUCCAGUGGAGAUUUAUUUGUGUUUCUAAGAGAUACAUUAACUUAUUUAAAUACAGUACCCAGCAAGGAAGGAUCUAUUGUACAGGUUUGCAUUGCAGCUGAAGAAAAUGUGCUUGGUUAUGCAUCCAGUCGAGGGCACGUGCUUGUUGUGGAACAUAAUGCUGAGAAAAGUUCUUCACAAGCCCAAAGAUUACAACUAUCUUAUGAGCAUAAAGGAGCACUGGUUACAAGUCUGCAAUGGAAUUCUACAACAACAAAAUUAUUUGUUGGAGAUGAUAAAGGAAAAGUCACAGUUGUUAAUGUAUCUACAUCCAGAACAAGAAAUUUAUUUCAAAUGCCAAGUACUUCCUUAAUGAAACUUGAUUCGAAAAUUGUUCAGAUGGAUUUUGUCCAAGAUCAUCUCCUAGUCUCAACAAUGACACGUUGCUACCUCUGUGAUACAUUAAAAGAACAGUAUUCUCAAAUAGGUAAAAAGUUGAGAGAUGGCGAUUAUGGAGCUUGCUUUUAUCCUGGUAUUCGAUUGCAAGAUCCUUAUACUAUUUUCUCAGCUAGACCAGGAUCAAGAUUUUGGGAGGUUGAUAUGAAAGGAAAUGUACUAAAUACACAUCAGUUUAAGCAAGCAUUGGCUGUUGCUCCAGUAAAAUUAGCUACCUUCAGGAGAGAAAUUGAAAGUGAUUGUGGUGAUUUGACAUAUAAUCCACAGUCUGCAGCAUUUCAUAAAAUAUAUACUAUCUGGCCCAGUUCUGAAACAUUUCCCUUUCUUCUCACCUGGGGACAAAGAGGUCUUUAUAUAUUUGAUCCUAAAAGACACAAAGUAAUUCUUUGGAAUAAUGAAAUAACAGGAGUUAAAAAUGCCAAGUGCUACAAAAAUGAUGUUUAUAUUUAUUACAUAAAUGGAGAAUUUGCCAAAUAUUCCCUAGUUACUAUAGAGAAAGCUGUGUGCCAUCUGUAUCAACAUGGAUUAUUAGUACAAAGUGCUCAACUUAUUCUUUCUAAACUUCAUUUAUUAACUCCUAGCAUUCUGCAGUUUCAUAUGACAACAGCCCUUUUGACUGAUUUAAAACAGAAGAUAUUGGAUAUGGGGCGGAUGAAUCUUGCUGAUAGUUUAUCGCUCGCUUUAAAUCAUCUAGAAAUUGCAGCCGAUAGUAAUUCUCAGGAUAGCAGAGCAAGUUCUGCAAUGUCUGAACCCAUGAAGUUAGAUUCAGGAAUCUAUGUUGUCAGUAGAGGAAGAGAAAAAGAAACUGAUGAUGAUUGCCAUUGUAGAUCAUCAAUGCGUUCUGCCAGAUGGAGAUCGUCUUCGCCAAUGUUUCGUCAGACACAUGGCAAUAUCAUUCGUUCCAGUCCUUCUGUAAAAAUAUCUGGAAGAACACAUUCUUAUGCUAAACGACCACAAUCACGAUCUCCAACGCCAGUAGUCUUGAAAGAGAAAGCUCGUACACAUAAAUCAAAUUCAAAGGGUAUUAAAAUGAAAAAUGAUAGGCCUCAAGAUGACGAUAUUGAAACUGCUGUAAGUACUGAACCCGAUUCACCCGAAUUAUGGAAUUCAGAAAAACCUUUAUAUCAAAAUUCAUCAGAUAAUGAAGUUUCCAGAACUCCUUGUUGUAUUUCACCUGCGGAAGAUGCAUUAAAUUCUCUUUCUUCAGCUGCUUCUAAAGGUGAGCUAGAUGGGGAUUCAAAAGUACUUUCUGAAAUUAUUACAUCUGAAUUUGCAUCUGUAGCUCAUAAAGAUCAACCAUAUACAGAAAAGGAUAAAGAUACACCAAUGUCAGAUACUUACCCAGAAUUUGAUAGAAGAAGUUGUGAUAGUGAAGAUAAAAACAAAGUUAGAAAACACAGUGUGUGUUUAGAACCACAAUUAGAGUUUAGAACUGAAUCACCCCAAACAGGUAGCAAUGUAAAAAAAUAUAGACCAAAAUCCAUUGAAGAUUUACUACCAUAUGAAUACAGACUUAAAUCUGGAGGUACUCCGAGCAGUUUUUCUUCUACAAAUAGUUCACGUGAAAGUUUAAUUUUUUCAGAAUCUCAGAGUAGUGGCAAAACAACACCUCAAACAGGUACACCAUUUGGUAGAUCAGAAAGAAACAGUCCAAUGGGUGACAUUGAUGAAAUUCUAUUAAGUAAUACCUAUAAGGAUGCUGUUAGCUUUGACAGUUAUUUUCAAUUUGCAAUGUAUGGAGGUGGAAUGAUGUUACCUUCAAGUAUGGAUUUUUCAAUUUUCUCAGGAACAGAUACUGUUGAUUCUAGUAUAAUUGAAUUAUCUAAAAUCAAAGACAGUAUUUCAGCCAAAUUAAGUUCAAGAACAAAAAGUAUUUUACAAAAUCUUCGAGAAUUUGAAUUGCGAUUCAGAAACAAAGGACAAAAUUCGUCUGAAUUAUUAGAUGUUGGUCCAAAAGAGAAAAUUAGUGAUGAUCAGAGUGAUUAUGGAAUAAAUAGUAAAGCAGUAGAAGCAAGAUCUGAUGAAAUUCUCAAUACAGAAAAAGAAUCUGCAAUGCAAUGUAAUACAUCUGUUGAUAAUGAAGAUUUUUGGUCAUUUUUAACUCCAGUUGAUGUAUCAAAUUUAUUAGAAAGUUCCAGGAAAACGAGGUAUCAGUUAAGAGAUCCUGACAUAAUAUAUAAUAAAGAAAACAUGGAAUUAAUUUUAAACAAUUGGUUUAAAGAUUUAAUUACAAUCCAAAAUGUUAUUCUUGAAAAGAUUGAAAAGAUUAAUACUACUGUUAAUAUGGAAACCAAAGUGCCUGAUGCAAUUGAUCUUCCAUCAAAUGAAACCUCUGAAAAUAAAAUUAGUGAUGUAAAUAAUACCACUUCCAUCAGUACAGAUCAAAAAACAGAACAGUCAAAAACAAGGCAGUCAAAAGAAAAUGAAGUAACUUCUGCUUUAACACAAAAGAAAUUUAAAUAUUUCUCUGGUGGCCUUGGUAAUUUUGUAUUUGUUUAUGAUCAGUUUAGAUUAUCACAGGUCGAUCAUCAGUUACUGUCCGAACUUGCUACUUUAUGUUUUCAGACUGGAAUAUAUGGGGAUUUGAUAAAAUUGAAUAAAUUUUUUAAUAAAGAUCAAAUUAAUAUGCAAGAACCAAAUAAUCAAUAUUAUUCUGUAUCUUCUGAAAUUAAUUCAUUUUCUAUGUAUAAUCAUUUGAAUGUUACAAAUAGUUUAGAAGAUUCUCUUGUUCAACAUCAUCAGACUUUUAGCAAAAACGAAAUAAAAUCAAACGUGAAUGAUAAUAUUUUGAAAAAAUCAAGUAUACUAUUGUGUUCGAUUAUAGAUACGGAGAAGCAAAAGGUCGAUUUACAGGAGAUCGAUCAGACUCUCGAAGCACAAAAUUUAAACAUUCCAAAAAAUGGUGAUAUUCCUUUUACUUUGAGAGCUGAAAAAUCACUUUUAAAUAGCCUUAAUGAAGGAAAUCCUGUAAAUGGAACAUUGCUUAUCCCAUCUGUACAUAAAUCUCAAGAAGAUAUUGUUCAGUUUGAAAAUUCUUACCAAGGACCUGUAGUCUUUAAAGAUAUUAAUUGGACUGAUGAUGAUUAUUUAUCUAUAUUUAUUCAAAAUUUUUUCCAUUUGCUUGAUCUUGGGAGAGUAAGAGAAAUUAUUACCAUUGAACAUAAAAGUAUGUUCAAAACUUGGCUUACAUUAAUAAAAGGAGCUAUGCUUUUAAGUGAGGAUGAUGAUUUCAACAAAAAAUUUAUAUCUGGACAAAUAAAUGCUGCCAUUCAAAGUUUGGAAAAUAGUGCUUGGACUUCAAUUGUACUUAUUGCUCAUUUAUUUAAACUGGUUACAGCACAUCCUGCCAAAGUAAUUGAAUUGUGUGUAAAAAGAAGUCAUCAGGUCGCACCAAGAGAUGUUUUGUACUUGGCCAAAAUCUCUGGCUGUUAUCCAGAAUUGUUUAUGACAUAUGUUGAUCAAAUUCUUGAACCGUUUCCUGUGCUAUAUCACGCCAGGUUGAUGGAUAGAUUGUUGCAGUGUGAAGAAGUAAAAUGGGAGUGGAUUCAAAGUGUUCUAAAUCAAAACAUCUCUCAGGAAUUAAAAUGUAAAUGUGGCGCACCAAGGCCUGGAUCUCAUCUUUGGCCAUGGAAAAAUAGUGGUCUUUUGCAACAUGUUUUAAUUUCAACUCUUCAAGAUGAAAAUAUACUUGAAUUAUGUUUUCAGAAAGGAUUUUGGCCUGGGUAUCUUCAAAUAGUAAAAAAACUUGGUCAUCAGAAACGUCAUUUGUUAACUAUUCUUCAGUUAGCCGACAUCGAUCUUAUUUCUGUACAACAUGAAGCAGGUUAUAUUCCUGAAUCUAUUGACAUUUGGAAAGAAACUUUAACACUUAUUUCAAAACAACAAAAUAAGAAAGAUGUAAUACUGUGUUUGUCCUGCGGAGAACAAUAUUCAUGCAAAACUCCUUUUGUAUAUUUUUCUGAUUCCGAGCAUGAAGAAAAAUGGACCGUUACUUUAACAUGGGAAAAUAUUGCUAAAAAAUUGCUAGAGUGCCUAGGACCAUCAGUAGCUUUAUCUUUACUACAAGAAGUUGAAAUACCUGCUGGUUCAUUAUCAACUAUAUUCUACAAAACUUGCAUCCUUACUCAUGUUAUGGAUCAGCAACAGAGUGCCUUAUCUCGUAAUAUGUUAACAUGUUUAGAGAGCUAUUUAUGGUCAAGAAAACCAACUUCAAUCUCACCAGAAGAUUACCAAAUGUUUAUGAAGGAAAGACAAAAAUUUCUAACAAUGUCAGAACAAGCUUCAUCUUCUCAUGACACCAAGCCUGUAUAUAGACAACAGAGUCAUUAUUUAGAAGAACCAGAAAGUCAUUGGGGCGUAAGAACUCAACUUUUAGGAUGUUGUCCACUAUGUGGAAUAUCUCUUACCGCUCAUUUAGCUUCAACUACAAGUGGAAUUACAGUUUGUUCCUGUGGUCACGCAUACCAUUCGGCUUGUCUUCCAGAGGAAUUUUGUACAAUGUGCUCUUCGAAGAAAGGCAAGGAAAAAUGAGAUCACGACGUUGUCUAUAUAAAUAUCUAGCAAAAAAAAUUUCUUAAUUUAACAGAAAAACAGUAUUUUGUGCUAUUCAAAAAUUCCAUCGACGUCAAACUGCAAAUCGUUAUUUUGGCAGAAUUAGAUUCUCGAAGAACGAAUUUAUUCCCACACGUAAUUAUGUAAUUUUUAAUGCUCAACUAGGAUAUAACCACGAUCAAACGUUUAAAACUCCUUUACAAAUUUGUAAAUAUAGAAUUACAUUAAUUAUGCAACGUAUUAUCCAAUACGAAUAUCAUAAACUGUACAUGUUGUAAAAAAUGAUUUCACCAAUUUAUUUUAAAUUAUUAUAAUUAUUAAUAUAAUUUUUUAUAAAUUUUCGUAUUUUAAACUAGAAUAUAUAAUUUGCUCCGUAUUAAUUUAUAUAUAUAUUUAUUUAUUUAUUUGUUAAAGCGAUAUGGAGUAUUAUUUAUGAGAAGGACCUAGGGAUUGGAGUCGUAAGUCCCCCCAUACAUUAUAUAAAUUUAUCGGACGACCGAAUGAUCGAAAUAUUCACUCACCGUUUUUGCGGUGGAUUCGAAUCACCAGCUCUUUUGUAUCGCUUACGUCCGUAGCAAUUUUAACACCAGUUUUAAGGUUUGGUUUAAGCAAAGUGGUAUCCGUAAAUAUCUUCUCUGGUCUUCGUUAUAUGUAAACGUCGGCCAAUUUACUUUGAUUUCACGCGGGGUGUUUUCUAAUGCCGGCACCUUUUCGAUUUUGCGGAUGGCAUUAAUUUUGCGCACCCACUCUUAAUCGUUUCGAUUUCUUUGAAAGCCGUCGAGUCGAUACGUCCAAGUAGAGUCGAAAGUUUUCUUACCCGUGGUUUACGUGUUAGUUAGCCUAAUUAAAGUCAAAGUACGGUGUGUACGUCCACGUAGCACCGGCCAAAUUUUGCCAAAAAUUUCCUUUCCAUCUACUUUUAAAAAAAGUUUUCUAGUUUUAGCUUAGUUUAGUCCCCGAUUCGAAAAGUUUUUAUAUUGCGAGAUCGGCCACCGUAUUUCCCGUGCGGUCAAAGUAUUUUUCAAAAUUAGUUUCGUGUGUGCGAAGGAUUUACUUUUCAUCCACGUCUCCUGCCAUAAUAGAAUUUCGUUAGUUAAAAUUAAAUUACCGAGUGUCGGGACGAUCCGAGUCGCAAUUCUAAUUUCUAAAUUUUAGGAAGUUUGGUUCGACCGUACGCCAGAAGAGAAACGCCAAAUACUUUAUCCCGUUGUCUUCUAUAUUAUUUUAACUAAAGAACUGACAAAUCUAAUUCUUCAAAACUACUAUUUUAUUCAGUAUUUUCGUUCCUUUUUUCAUUCGUUGCAUUCGUAUAUUGUACGUCCGCUCCUUAAAUUUACCUAAUGAAGGUUACCGCAAACCAGACUUGGAUCCGAGAUAUUUACUGUAAUGGAAUUAUGCUAAGAUUGUUUAUUAAAGUGGUUUUAAUAAAGCCGACGUGGUGAAAAUGGCUAAGUUAUUUGGCUGGCUUAAAAAUAUUAGUUUCUAGAAUAUCCUUUAAAAAAUUGACCGCAUACAUUUCGUCUGGAAAUUUCAAUGGGUUAAAAUUAAGGAACUUUCCUCCGGUGCCGACAGGCAGAAAUUUUUCAGAUUUCUGCCAGUUUGGUCGAAUUUUGUUAAUACUUUUGGCGGUUCUCUUCCGGCGCGUCUUUUCGGCAGACUCGCGUUUUCCAAAUGUCCAAUCGAAUAAUUGAACGACUUUCGUUUCCAGUAUAAAAAAGCUCCCCGGUGGAACUAGGGAAGCCGAGAGAGAGUUUCGUAACACUUUGGGGACCGGCCAUUUUUAAAAAAAAUCAUUAGAAUCGGUAAUUACGCCUUUCUUAUAUUUUCGUACAAAUUUUUGAAAAUUAGAACAGAAGAUUGCUUUUUACUCGCCAAUCUGCCAAAAAAGAAAUUGCGUUUUUAUCGUUUGAAAAGUACAAACGACCAGAGAACCUGUAUAUAUAUUCUCGCAUAUUAUGAUUUUCCAAUUUUGGUCAUUUAAAACUACCUCAAAUCUAUAUUUAGCCGUUAGAUUAAAACGUUUUUAAAUAUUUUACCUGCGUUUACAAAACGGACAAAUUGUCCCGGGGGCGAAGGA